UGGGGGCGGGCCCCAAGCCAGGAAGAGAGCACAAAACUGCCCUUAAGUCAUUGCAGACCCGGAGCUCCGGUGAGCCUGCCACGAGGUUCUCGCGAGAUCCGCCGCCUCCAUCCCAAGCGCCUGUGUCUGGCAGAGCCGGUGUGAGAAGAAGAGAGAAUCCUUCCCCGCCGCCGGGAUAAUCAAGAGUUUUGGCCGGACCUUUUGAGUACACAUCGGGAUAGUGAGAAGCCCGGCGAAAAGCACAGACUAUGGCGCUGAAACGGAUUAAUAAGGAACUUAGUGAUUUGGCCCGUGACCCUCCAGCACAAUGUUCUGCAGGUCCAGUUGGAGAUGACAUGUUUCAUUGGCAAGCCACAAUUAUGGGACCUAAUGACAGCCCAUAUCAAGGUGGUGUAUUCUUUUUGACAAUUCAUUUUCCUACAGACUACCCCUUCAAACCACCUAAGGUUGCAUUUACAACAAGAAUUUAUCAUCCAAAUAUUAACAGUAAUGGCAGCAUUUGUCUUGAUAUUCUAAGAUCACAGUGGUCUCCUGCUUUAACUAUUUCUAAAGUUCUUUUAUCCAUUUGUUCACUGCUAUGUGAUCCAAACCCAGAUGACCCCCUAGUGCCAGAGAUUGCACGGAUCUAUAAAACAGACAGAGACAAGUACAACAGAAUAUCUCGGGAAUGGACUCAGAAGUAUGCCAUGUGAUGCUACCUUAAAGUCAGAAUAACCUGCAUUAUAGCUGGAAUAAACUUUAAAUUACUGUUCCUUUUUUGAUUUUCUUAUCCGGCUGCUCCCCUAUCAGACCUCAUCUUUUUUAAUUUUAUUUUUUGUUUCCCUCCCUCCAUUCAUUCACAUGCUCAUCUGAGAAGACCUAAGUUCUUCCAGCUUUGGACAAUAACUGCUUUUAGAAACUGUAAAGUAGUUACAAGAGAACAGUUGCCCAAGAUUCAGAAAUUUUUUUAAAACUGGAGCAUGUGUAUUAUGUGGCCAAUGUCUUCACUCUAACUUGGUUAUGAGACUAAACCAGUCCUCACUGCUCUAACAUGCUGAAGAAGCCAUCUCAGGGGGAGGGAGAUGGAUGCUCAGCUGUCACAUCAAAGGAAACAGCAUUAUUCCAGCAGCAUCCAUUCUUGUUUAAACCUUCCACUGUUAGAGAUUUGAGGUUACAUGAUAUACUUUAUGCUCAUAACUGAUGUGGCUGGAGAAUUGGUAUUGAAUUAUAGCAUCAGCAGAACAGAAAAUGUGAUGUAUUUUAUGCAUGUCAAUAAAGGAAUGACCUGUUCUUGUUCUACAGAGAAUGGAAAUUGGAAGUCAAACACCCUUUGUAUUCCAAAAUAGGGUCUCAAAACAUUUUGUAAUUUUCAUUUAAAUUGUUAGGCUUGGAGCUAUUAGUUAAUCUAUCUUCCAAUACUGUUUAAUAUAGCACUGAAUAAAUGAUGCGAGUUGUCAAUGGAUGAGUGAUCAACUAAUAGCUCUCCUAGUAAUUGAUUUAUUUUUCUUCAAUAAAGUUGCAUAAACCAAUGAGUUAGCUGCCUGGAUUAAUCAGUAUGGGAAACAAUCCUUUGUAUAAAUGCAAAGCUGUUUUUGUAUAUACUGUUGGGAUUUGCUUCAUUGUUUGACAUCAAAUGAUGAUGUAAAGUUCAAAAGAGUGAAUAUAUUGCCAUGUUCAGUUAAAGUGCACAGUCUGUUAACAGGUUGACACAUUGCUUGACCUGAUUUAUGCAGAAUUAAUAAGCUAUUCAAAUAGUGUAGCUUUAAUACGCUGCACAUGAUUCUGGCAGCCCUAGAGUUCAUAAAUGGACUUGGGACUCAGCAGUUUUGAAACGUGUAUAUGGAGUUUAAGAAAUUUAUUUUCCAGGUGCAUCCCCUUCUAACUAAAAUUUUCUUCAUCUUGUACACUUAACAGCUGAAAAAGAUAUAUAUAUAUAACUUGGGAGUGAUAAUGGGUCAAAAUUUACAAAAUAAAGUACUGUUUUGGUGUGGGAGUUGUCAUGAGGCUGUGUUGAAGUGACUUAACUGUGGGAUGUUGAUAUCCAUUGAGAUGGAUUUGUUCAGCCAUUUACAUUAAUGAGCAUUUAAAUGCAACAGAUCAUUUCGGGUGACUUUAACAUGAAUGAAUAAAAAAGUCAAUGCUAUUGGAUUGUUUAUUUGACAAGUGCUCUCUGUGCCACUAAACCUUACAUAGUAAUAGGGCAUUACCAUUCUUCACCCUAAUUCUGAACCUGUAGUUACACCUUUUUUCUAGCUUUGAUUUAUCCAUUGCUUUAUUUCUUGUAUUUGGUUUCUAGCACAUGUGAUUUCCACUUCAUAUUUUUGCACUGCUUAUAUUUACGUGCAAUCUUAUUCCUUGUCUACAUACAGAUGUGGAAAGCUAGAAAUAAAUGUAAAAGCUUAAUUUUUUAUAAACAUUUAAAUAUGUAAUUUGGACAUGAUUUGUUACUUAAGGUUCUUCUCUAAGCUGGAAGUGAGGUGCAUGCCUUCUGAAGAUGGUCUGACUUUACUCUGUAAUAAGUAUUUACAGUGGAACACCAAUUCAGCUAUAUAAUCUUCCCAAUGAAUUUCUCCUUACACCCAUUUUACCUUUUGCUUAAAUUGUGGGUUCUUCAGGGUAAAUGUCAUGCCAAUUAAAACUUUGGGGUUCAGAUCAAGUGUUCCCACAAGGGUAAGAACAGUAUUCUUUGACUCUUAAAAAGAAAUCCUUUCUGAAACUUGUAUUCAAAACAGUUUUAUUAGGCCUGUGUCUUGAAAGCCAGAUAUGACAAACAUUUUUAUAAAGCAGUGGAUCUCUAGUUGGCUUUCAAAUUGCUCCCAACCACCACCUUUGGUAUUUACAGAGAUGACUUCCUUAAACCAUUGGUUGUCAGAAUUAAUGGGUAUGUCCAGUUCUCUAUCUUUGACUUGAUGCUAUAUAAUACACCAUUUCAUAUGUCGCUUCUAAGGGAAUAAGCCAUAGAGGCUUCUCCAGGUUUAAGAGAACAGAGUACCUGGAAAACCAACAUUCUGAAUGUAUGGACACUGGACAUGGGGUUACCCAUGAGGCUUUCAAAAGAAUCCAAGAAUUUGCUCUCUACCCUACCCAGUAGUGUAAUGGCAUCACUAGUGCCAGGUAUAGGACUAAAGUGAGUAUUAGGUUGAAUAUUGAUGUAGACUAUUUGUGUGUCCUAUACCUCUUAAUACAUAAAUUCUUAAAUUUGUCUUUAGAGUCCAGUUGGCCUGUUAAUGGUGAAUUUCCUUUGACUUUUUCUUGGGCAGGUUUGCAAUGUGAUAAUCAGAUUUUUUUUUUUUAAAUGACUAGUUUGUUUCCUUGUGUGGGUGUACUCACAUUUAAAAGUAUGAACCACGGUUAACUAGUGGUCUCAGGGGUAGUGAAACACUCACUUUUUAUUUACUGGGUUAGUUGAAGUAUACUUUAAACGCUGAUUAUGCUGUUUUCGUGAUUUGGGGGUGGGAAAUAACUAAAAUUAGUCAUGUUUUAUGUUCACAUAACUGUUCAAUGACUGUUGGUUACACUUUUCAGUGAAUUUGUCUUCUAUUUUAUGAGGAACCCAGUGCAAGUCACUAAAUGUUGUCUAAUAGUGACAUCUGCAUAAGACGUGUAAUAGCUAAAGUUAAUUAAGCUUAAAGGAAUUGUUACCAUUAAAGUCUGUGUUUAAACACA